UCUACAUACUUCCUGUUAAUAUAAGAUAUGUAAACAAACAAGGGAGAUUGGCGUUCCUCGUCCAGAAAUGUUUUUGUGCCACCGCACAUUCUGAUGAUAUCAGUCACUUGGACCUAAGCAGAAGGUUCUAAAAGAAUGGACACACACAAAAAGCAGUUGGACAGUAUCUUGGCAAAAUGUCAGAAUGGAAGAAAUAUGCUUCUAAUAUCAAAGAACAAAUAUGAAAAAAUUGUCCAGUAUUUGAAGUUAGGCACAGGAGCUUCCUAUCGGUUCAAGAGUUGGAUCCAGCGCCAACGCUUCCAGCUCUUGCAGCUGCCUGAUGAAGACCAAACUGAGGUACUUGUGGUGCCUAAGGAAGGGAGCACAUCCAAGGGUUAUGUCAGGGUCUUGCAUGAGAAUCAGAUCUAUGGGAAAGUACAAGAUAUUCAUGUGUAUGUGCUAAAUCAUGGAAACUACACUCAAACACUUCAGUCUGUGUCUGACCUUUAUUAUGACAUUUCAAAAGAUUAUAUUUCUGAAUUUGUGAAAAGAUGUGACUGCUGUCAAGCCGAUUCUACAAGUGAUAGCAUUUCAGACAGUCAUCUUCAGACUUCUUCCAAAAUGAAGGCAUCAGCCAGACCCAUAAAAGUGAUCAACAAAGCUGAUUCUUGCUUCUUGCAGGAUGUGUCUGUCAACAUCAUAGAUAUGAGACUGAAACCUUCAAAUGAAUUUUACUUCAUUGGUCAUGUUGAGGAUCAAUUUUCAAACUUUAGUGUCUUGUUUCCUUUGAAGAAUGACAGUUCAAGGGAAAUAGCCAAAAAUUUAAAGAGAUAUUUUUUAAGUUAUUUUGGUCCCCCUAAGAAUUUUUCCAGCGUUGAUACACCAAAUAUUACCAAGGUGCUUGAUGAAGUUUCAGACUCCUGUAAAGGUAGCAGUCUUUCGUUUGUGCUUGAUGGCAUCAAGAUUAAAACUCAAGAUUCAGAAACAGAAGAAAAUGAUGAGGUAGCGACUUUUAUACAUGACAGCAUUUGCCUUAUUGCAGCUGAAGGCUAUAAUGAGAGAGAGUGGUCAGAUUGGCUCCCAGAAAUCAUGUUGAAAUUGAAUGUGGCAAGGAGGCCUUCAGCUUUUCAAGAUCCUUACACUGUUGUGUUUGGUCAGCCAGCAUUGGUUUUGUCUGAAUUUGAUGAGUUUCUACCUGGUCGAGAUGGCAGUGAUCUGUCUGCGCAGGAAAACCCUCAUGAAACUAUGAAGAAUACAGAAAGUAAUAGGCCUGAAACAUCAAAUACAUCAUUGAGAGAUGACCCUAAUCCCUUGACACCCAUGCCGUAUCAUGUACAUGUGAAGCAAGAACCUGCUUCUGAUGAGGAGUCUGGAAGGGCACUUUUUCCAACAAUCAAAGACAGAAAUAUUGGAGAAACUCUAACUGUGUCUGGAAAAAGGAAAAACCUUCAUCAAGGCAUAAAAGUUACUGAAAAUACAAGUGAAUAUUCAGUGAGGAAGACAGUAUUGUCUUGUGACAAUUCAGAGAUUAAGCAGGAAGAAUAUGUAGAUAAUGCAGCAGUUCCUCGUGAGUCUUCAAGCUAUGUUCCUGUGGACUCCAGAAUUGAAGAUGAUGGGUCAAUAGAAUCUCCACAUCAGAAUAAUGAUAGCUACAACACUGACGUAAACAGUCACCACCAUGACCAGGAGGUUGGUGACACUCGUACCUCUGUCCAGAUUCCACCAGAAACUCUACCUUGGCUUAAAGUCAGCAAAAGGAAAUGGCAUCAUCCAAGGCAAGCUUCAAAGGUAGCUGCUUCAAGGAUGGAUGCUUCAAAGACAGAUGCUUCAGUACCUCAUGUUUCAAGGAGAGAUGCUUCAAAGACAACUGACAGUGAUCCCAGCUCGAUGGAGGAUGGUGUUGAUCUGAUGACAAGAUAUACUUCUGGAAAUUGGGAUGAAACAAAUUCUGUGAAUUUGGGUCACUAUGUAGAGAUAGAUAUUGCUGAAGAUGAUGACACCUCAUGGGACCCUUGUGCUGAAGAAACCGGUGAAGGUUAUCAAAAGAGGAAACCAAUACAUCCUCCUCCCAAAGAAUCACCGGAGAUAAGAAAGAAACUCACCAAGGAGGAUGUCUGCUUUAUUGAAAGAUUAAAGAGAGAGAAUCCAAUACUGACUCUCUCCGAAAUAAGAAAACGUCUCGGCAUCGAAAGAGGUGUUGAGGUUCAUGUCUCAACUGUCUCCAGAGCAAUGAAGAGGAAGAGUUCCGUUCAAGAAGCAGCUUUUCUAAAUUCUCAAAGAAACAUAGAGUCAAUUUGCCAAGUUGAAUAUCUGGAGGAAAAAGCCUCACAAUCUGAACAUAGGUCUAAUGGAAGACACAGAGACUCUGAUAAUUCAAGAAAUAAGGUGGAUUUGAUGAAGGACAGGAAACAGUGGAUUCAUAAGAACUUCCUACCCCAGGAUGAAAUGUUCUUGACCUAUUUGUUGAAUAGGAAACCAUAUUUAACCAAUGAGGAGGUCAGGGAACAGUUAGAAAGGCAAAGGGGCUUGCUCAUCUCCUUGCAUAAUCUAACUACCAAAAUAUCAGCAAUGGCUACCCAUCGUAAUAUCCGUGAGAAUCCAACAGCCCAGAGACAGGGAAGGGUAGAUUCAUCAAGGAACAGGGAUGAAAGCAUAGUGGUAGGUUCACCCUCUGGAGCACAGAGUUCUGUGACUUUGCAUGGUCAGCACAUGAUGCUGCACCAAAAGCAGCCUUCUGUCAUGAAGAAAUGGACUUCAAGAGGCAUCAAUGACAAUGUCACCAUUUUUGGUGAAAAUGUUUUGAAGCAAGCAACAGUUCCUCAGUCAAAAUCAUCGCCUGUCUAUAAUGAACAGUUACACUCCAGACAUUUGUCAAGGAAAAUGCGGAUGCCCACCAAAAGAAACAUUCAUGAUAGUUUGGUUGUAGAUUUGUCUGACAGUGAUCCACAAGUUCUGGAAAAUGGUAGGAAUAAUUAUUCAAAGAAGUUUUGUCAUGCAAAAGCCCAGAAUUUCCAUGCAGGAUGUGAAUCUGUUAAUCAACAUGUGACAGAUAUUUCAGUGAACGAUAGUAUGUCAUCAGGGAUGUAUGAUGAGGACAAUGAACUGAUGGUUCAGAGCAAUAUUACAUCACCAGAGAAGAAGGAACUGGGGAGAGAUCAGGGCAGCUUCACUGGUUAUGAAACCAGGAAUGACAUGCGUCAUAAACAUGGUAAACUGCAGCCUGCUGAUUUGGACUUUCUAGAAUGUUUAAAGAGACAAAACCCUUGUAUCACCUUGACUGAGAUGAAGUAUAGGCUUCUUGAUGAGAGGAAUCUUGAUGUCCAUGUGUCAUCUGUCUGCAGAGCUCUGAAGAAGAUCGUUCACACUCAAGAAGAGAUGGAACCUAACUACUUAGUCUAUAUAAACAGUCACGAAGCAGGAGGUUCUGCUGAAUAUCAAGUUGAUAAUGAGGAUGAUUCUAUGUUGGAUGAAUCUCAGUUUGAUGAAUGCUCAGAGGCCCAGGUGGCAUAUUCUGAUGAAUGUGUUCAAUCUAGCAACAGUGAUAACUUCUCACACAGGACAUCAUAUGAUUUGUCAGGUAAUUUGUAUUCAGGAUCACCAGAUUACAUCCUCCAAGAAGAUGCUGAGGAUGAGACAUAUUCUGGAAACCAGCUGAAGGCAGUGGUGGAUGUCAGGAUGGAAGGGGAGUGGGAUGGUCUGGAGGUGACGAACAACAAGAAGCUGACGCUGAAGGACAUGCAGCUCAUUAAACAGCUGAAGACAGCCGACCCAACCAUUACUCUGAGGAACAUCAAAGCCUGGCUGUUGAAGGAGAAUGAUAAGGAUGUGCACCUUUCCACCAUAAGUAGAGCUCUCAAGAAGAUGAAUGGGUCCGUGAACCAUGGGAAGACCGGGGAUGUUAUCGACCUUACAUUGUGAGCCAAUGUUGAUAGGAUCAUCAAAGCCUGGCUGUUGAAGGAGAAUGAUAAGGAUGUGUACCUUUCCACCAGAAAUAGAGCUCUCAAGAUGAAUUGGUCCGUGAACCAUGGAUGGUUAUUUGCUCACCAUCUAUGGAGCUCUCAAUGGUAUCAAUGCUUUACUGAGCCAGGGGAGUCCAGGAGAGUCUAUUACUGAUGAACAGUAUUAACAUCAAAUAGCCAUGACAGACAAGAAAACUGUUUGAUGCUAGGAAGUCAUAAUAAUCUCAUGCCUAAAUUCAGUGAAGGUUACCAAUCAAUACCAGUGGUCCAGACUCAACCAUGGAGGGUUAUUUGCUCACCAUCUGUGGAAUUCUUAACAGUAUGAAUUCUUUAUUGAACCAGGGGAGUUCAGGAGAGUCUAUUACUGAUGAACAGAAUUAACAUCAAAUGGCAAUGCCAGGCAAGAAACUGUUUGAUGGUGGGAAGUCAUAAUAAUCUCAUCAUACUGAUGAAGGUUACAUACCAGAAUUGAGGAAUAUAUCAGGAUUAUCAUCGUGGGGAACACCAGAAACAGGCUUCAACAUUGUACCCAAGAAUUUAUCCAGGGUCUUUGUCAUGAUCAGCUAAAAGCCUUAACCACUAGGCUUCCCAACUGAGCCUAGGCUACCCAACUGAGCCUAUAUCAUCUAGAGUUUACAAUAUAUGAAGAUUAUUUGGGUUAAGUUUGUGAGUGAGUUUAGUUUUACGCCGCACUCAGCACUUUUCCAGCUGUAAAUAAUCGAGUCUGGAACAGACAAUCCAGUGAUCAA